GGGGAAACCACCAAAAGAACACAAACAAUCUCUCUCUCUCUCUCUCUACAAAACAUCUGAAACAAGGGGAAACCAGAAGAACCCAGAAGAGGGCAGAUGGCUGUCAUGAAGAAGAAGAAGAAGACAUCACUAUCACUGAUGAGAUCUCUGUUUCUCGGCUGUUACAAGACUAAGAAUCGACUGGAAGAAGGGGAAGGAGGGGUCGAGGUGAUGAUGAAGAGGAGUCCAAUACUGGCAUUUCAGAGGCUGUCUUUGUCGGACAUAAGCGAUCCGAGCUCUCCAAUGUCAGUGGUGGACGAUCUCUCCAACUCUUUCACUUGUCAGAAGCUUCAUGUGUUCACGUUGUCGGAACUCAGAGUGAUUACGCAUGGUUUCUCGAGGAGUAAUAUGUUGGGUGAAGGAGGGUUUGGUCCGGUUUACAAAGGGUUUGUUGACGAUAAGCUUAAACCGGGUUUGGAUGCCCAACCGGUAGCGGUUAAGGCACUCGAUCUUCAUGGUCACCAAGGCCACAGAGAAUGGCUGGCAGAGAUAAUAUUUUUGGGACAGUUGAGACAUGAGCAUCUUGUGAAGCUGAUUGGGUUUUGUUGCGAGGAAGACCAAAGACUUCUCGUCUAUGAGUACAUGCCAAGAGGCAGCUUGGAAAAUCAACUCUUUAGAAGAUAUAGCGUGACAUUGCCAUGGCCGACGAGGAUGAAGAUAGCACUUGGAGCAGCAAAAGGCUUAGCCUUUCUCCACGAAGCAGAAAAGCCUGUGAUCUAUAGAGAUUUCAAGACAUCCAAUGUUUUGUUAGACUCGAGUUACAACGCAAAGUUAUCCGAUUUCGGGCUGGCUAAAGAUGGUCCUGAAGGCGAAGAUACACAUGUCACGACUCGGGUCAUGGGAACGCAAGGUUACGCCGCCCCGGAAUAUAUUAUGACCGGACACUUGACAACCAUGAGCGAUGUGUACAGCUUUGGAGUAGUCCUCUUGGAACUGAUAACCGGAAAACGGUCUAUGGACAAUAACCGGGCAUUGAGGGAGCAGAGCCUUGUGGAAUGGGCUCGGCCCAUGUUAAGGGACCCGAGAAAGCUAGAACGGAUAAUAGACCCGAGACUGGAGGGUCAGUACCAGGCCAAGCCGGUCCAAGUAGUGGCCGCCUUGGCCCAUAAGUGUCUAGGCCACCAACCCAAGUUUAGGCCCCACAUGGGUGAGGUGGUUCGGAUCUUGCAAUCUAUGAAGGAAGAUGAUACAAAGACGGAGGAGGCUAACACCGAAGACACAAAAAUGAAGUUUGUGGACAAUGAAAAGUUUCGACCUUCUCGCAAACGCCAAAAGCGCGUGAAUGUAAAUUAUUCGGAUUCUAUACUUUACAAGGAGUCGAAAGAGAGGCAAAACAAGGUAAUCUAAUAGUAAAAAACCCGAGCUUUUUUUUACAUUAACGGUGGUUCUAAGGUUAUUCCUCCAUACAAGUUUUGGAUGGAAUGGUUAUAUUGUUAUAUAUUUUAGAGUAAACUAUGGGGUGAAAUAAUCUCUCAUAGAUUAUGUAUCACGAAUAUAAUGAAAAAGUUAUGUAUUCGUAAAUGAAAUAAUAUAGAUCGA